AUGUUGAAUCCAAGCCCGACGGGCUCGAAGUCACAUGCAAGUACUCUCCUCCCCUCUUCCUCACAUGCUUUGUUCCAUCUCACCUCUCAUCUUCCACUUGUAGGGCCCUCCACGCAACCACACACAUCCUUCUACCCAUGGUCGUGGCUCCAUCAACAUUCCUACGAUCCAUCAUUUGCUCAACCACCUUCUACCGAAAAAAUCCUUUGGGGAGCAAAAAUACUACAGGACCCGCCGACAGUGACGUAUGAGGAAGCCAUGGCACCGGACGAGCAGGGAGUGUUUAAAUGGCUAUCCAAUGUUGACAAAUUCGGCUUCUGCUUCGUGACAAAUGUCCCACCAACGCCAGAAGCGACAGAGGAGCUCUCUAGACGGAUCGGGUUCAUCCGCGAAACGCAGUACGGGACGUUUUGGGAUUUCACGUCCGACCUCGCAAAGGGCGACACUGCGUACACCACCAUGGCGCUUGGCGCGCACACCGACACGACUUACUACACGGAUCCUUGUGGCCUGCAGCUGUUCCACCUACUCUCUCACACGGACGGGAGCGGAGGCGCAACGCUGCUCGUGGACGGGUUCUACGUCGCGUCAAUCCUACGCGAGCUGCAUCCAACAGCAUAUGAGCUACUCGCGCGCGUGCGCGUACCUGCUCACGCAGCAGGGGAACACAGUGCGCUAUACACACCAUCUCCACGCGGGGGGUAUCCCGUGCUCCGGCACGUCGACGGGGAGCUUGUGCAGGUGAGAUGGAAUAAUGAUGACCGGAGCGUGAUGGAUGGGCUGGAACCGGGCAUGGUGGAGGGGUGGUACGAUGCGCUACGGAAGUGGUACCAGCUCCUGACGAGUGCUGACUCGGAGUACUGGGUGCAGCUCUCGCCAGGUACGGCUGUUGUGGUCGACAAUCAUCGGGUGCUGCACGGCCGAUCGGCGUUUGAAGGGAAGCGGCGAAUGUGCGGGGCGUACAUUGGAGUGGACGAGUACCGGUCGAAGUUGGCUGUGCUCACGGAGAAGUUUGCGCCAGACCGCAUUGUGCGCGAGACGGCACCGUAUGCGGAAGUGAAUGGGCGGAGUGUGUGGAACCCCGCCCUGUGA